AUGUGGUUGCCUGAAGAGAAUUCUAGGACUGUGACUUCGUUUGACGAGGACUAUCUCGAAAAAACGCCCAGAAAACGCGUGAGAAUUCGCGUUCCUGUCGUUAGAAAGAAUGGAAGACAGCAUAAAUUGACGGUUGUCAGACGGAGACCUAUUACCUCCAAAGUGGAAGAACCUCCGUUGACCGUGACUAGUCAUAUCCCGAGAAGAAUAGUGGUGACACGAGUGAGGACUUUGGGAUUGGCUAAUUCCAUUUACAGCGAUUUGGAGACUGAUAGUUUCAAACCGGAAAUUGGAAAGCACAAAGUGACCAUCACCAGACGUAGGAAAAUUGGAUCGACUACAGUUACGCCUACUAGUACUGAAAAGAGAGUCAAGAUUACUAGGAGGAAAUUGAUUGCUGUUAGACCGGUACAACCUACACCUAGUUUCGCAAUUAUCACGACUGGAUUCUUCACUGCCCCAUCGUCUGAAUACGAUGAAGAAUAUUUCGAGGAAGAUAAUGACGAGGAAAUGGAAAACAAGGAGGAUGUUACUUCUACAGUCACGCCUGAAUUGAAGGAACCGCCUAAUGUCAUCGAUAGUAAACCUGACGAGAUUGAGAUUGAAAGUAAAACAGAAGAGAUUGAGCCGAAAGUUGUCGAUGAAAGUAUUAUGGGUUCAUCGGUUAUUAUCACUGAUAAUUUCUUCUUUCCUCCAUCUGAUGAUGAAGAUGAAGAUGAAUAUGAAGAAGAAUAUAUGGAUACGACAACUGAGGAGGAAAAUGCAAAUGAAGAAAUUUCAAUGACGACUAAAUCGACAAAAGACGAAGAUGGAAAUGUUUCGAAUAGAGAGGACACAUUAACCAUAUUUAUGACUCCUAUGAUUUAUGAUCUACCCAAGAAAAAAGAAACUGCGUUGGAAAAAUCUGAAGAAACGUCAUAUAAUGUUGCUGAUCAUGAAACAAGUACGAUAUCUGUUGAUUCGAAACAAGAAGAGAAGUCUGAAGAAGUUUUGACGACUGUAAAAUCGACAAAAGAUAAAGAAAUAAUAACCACAACGCAAGAAAGUUUUGAAGAGACAUUGGAAGAAAAUGUUCCAACCACUUAUCCUGAUAUUAAAGAAGACGAUGAGAAAGAAUAUAAAAAAGAAAAAGAAUAUGCAACGACAGUGGAGACGAUAGAAACCACAGUACCAAUGGAGGAAACUACAGUAAUCACUGUUCCUGAAGAAAAAACAGAGACUGUAAUAGUUUCUGAUAGAGAAACUACAACAAUUGCUGAGGAAGAAGAAAAAAUUAAUAACACCGAACAUCCUAUAUCAUCUACUGAAACUAGUUUUCAAGAUUCUUCAUCAGAAAAUAAAGAGUCACAGAAAAAAGAUAUCGAAUACCAAGUUACAACUAUUGCAAUUGAUUUUGAAAAUAGUUCACCUAAAAAUCGUGAAGGUUCUCUUGAAAAAUAUCUAGAACCCAAUACUACAUUAAUUGAAACUGAUGAUUCGGAAAAGAAAUCUUUAUUUAAAAACACAGAAGAUUCCCUCAAAAAAGACAUCGAAUCUCAUGUUACGGUAACUCAAAUCGAAUCCAAAGAUUUUUCCCAAAUUGAUACUGAAGAUUACCAGGAAAAGGAUAUAAAAACUCAAAUCACAAAGGUUCAAAUAGAACCCGAAACCUUAAAAGAACCUACCGAAGAUCCCAAUAAAGAGACUCAAUCUCUCUCAAUCGAUAAUCACCCUAUUAUAAUAACUAUUUCGAGUUCUAAAUUAGAAACUGAAAGAUCCUUUUCCCCUCCAGAUACGAUAGAUUUCAUCCUUAAAAAGAUGUCACAAACUACAAUAAAUUCUGAAGAGAAAGAAGAUAAUCUGACAGUACAACCCAUAGAACCAAUUACGGAAUUCACUUCUUCGACAUUUUUCAUUGACGUAUCUCCCAGUUUCGCAAGUGUCCUACCUUUAGAAACAUCCCAAUCACUCGACUCCAACACUCUUAGCUACUUGGAUGACUCCGAAAUCCCAAGCGUGAUCCCCCUUGGUGUCGAGUAUAUGUCUGACUCAAAGAGUACUUCCGUGAUAUUCGAGGCAACACCUAGCAUUGAGGGUACAGUGACGACAUCUAUUUCGUCGCCAACCCCCGAGGAAAUCGAGGCAGGAUUGGCAGACGACUUGUAUUUAUCCCUGUCGAGGCCAGACUUUCCCAAGAUUCUGCCGUCGAAACCGAUGGAGCACGUGACCAGAUCCGAAACCCCGGAUUUAGAACCGAGUACGAGCAUUUACUAUACCGAGACAGUGGUUACAUCGACACGACUGAGAACGUAUACUUAUGUGGUGACGCAACUAAACGGACUGGAGACGAAAGUGACAUCCUCGACGACUGUCCGACCGAGAGUGACGACCCUUACGUUGACAGUGCCCGUCACGGUGACCGUCACUCCUACCGUGGAGUCGUCAGCGUACUCAGUUUCGUCUGUGUAUAGCCCGGUACCCGUUGCUGGUGAGUAG